CACUGACGUCAUCUCCUGCGACUCGUCACGUGAACUCUUCAAAGUGGUACCCGGGGCUUCCGCUGAUAUAGCCCAGUGCCCGGCCCCGAGAUCAACGUGAGGCUGGCAGGCCGGAGUUACUCAGGAGCAGGGUGCAAGCCGCCAUGAGAACCAACAAAGUCUACAAGCUGGUCAUCCACAAGAAGGGCUUUGGGGGCAGUGACGAUGAGCUAGUGAUAAACCCCAAAGUUUUUCCACAUAUAAAGCUUGGAGACAUUGUAGAAAUUGCUCAUCCCAAUGAUGAAUAUAGCCCUCUGUUAUUGCAAGUGAAAUCACUGAAGGAAGAUUUACAGAAAGAAACCGUCAGCAUUGAUCAGACAGUGGCUCAAGUUUUUCGCCUUAGGCCAUACCAGGAUGUUUAUGUUAAUGUAGCUGAUCCAAAGGAUGUGACACUUGACCUUGUGGAGCUGACUUUUAAGGAUCAGUACAUAGGACGAGGGGACAUGUGGAGACUGAAGAAAAGCUUGGUGAGCUCCUGUGCUUACAUUACCCAGAAGGUAGAGUUUGCUGGAAUCAGGGCACAAGCUGGAGAAUUAUGGGUAAAGAGUGAAAAGGUGACCUGUGGAUACAUUAGUGAGGACACGCGGGUCGUGUUUCGAUCUACUUCUGCCAUGGUGUACAUAUUUAUACAAAUGAGCUGUGAAAUGUGGGACUUUGAUAUUUAUGGUGACCUUUACUUUGAAAAAGCUGUGAAUGGAUUCUUAGCUGAUUUAUUCAACAAAUGGAAGGAGAAGAACUGCAGUCAUGAAGUGACCGUUGUACUUUUCUCUAGAACAUUUUAUGGUGCCAAAUCUACAGAUGAAUUUCCUGAAUCUCAUCGUUCUAAUGCCACUAUCAUUCAGGAUCACAAGGGCAGAUUCUAUGAAGAUUUCUAUAAGGUGGUUGUACAGAAUGAGAGGCGAGAAGAAUGGACAUCACUCUUGGUGACUAUAAAGAAGCUGUUCAUCCAGUACCCAGUGCUUGUGAGACUUCAGAAUGCAGAGUCUUUUCCGCCUGGACAUAACUCGACCUCUGACCAGGGAAACUAUCUGGAAGCUAUUAAUCUAUCUUUUAAUGUGUUUGACAAGCACUAUAUAAAUCGAAACUUUGAUCGCACUGGCCAGAUGUCUGUUGUGAUCACCCCAGGAGUUGGAGUUUUCCAGGUUGAUCGGUCUCUCAUGAUUCUGACCAAACAACGCAUGAUUGAUAAUGGAAUUGGUGUAGACCUGGUGUGUAUGGGAGAGCAGCCUCUUCAUGCCGUGCCUUUAUUCAAGCUGCACAAUAAAAGUAGCCCUGGAGACUCACGUCCUGUGGAUGAUUACAACAUUCCACACUGGAUCAACCACAGCUUCUACACGUCGCAGAGUCAACCACUGAAUAGCAGCUUCACCCCACGCAUCAAACUGGCUGUUCGAAAGAUGAAUAGCGAGAAGGGCAGGAUUGGACGAGAUCCCUCAAUAGGAAGCCCUAAAGAGACAGAGAAUGCUCUACCCAUACAAGUAGACUAUGAUGCUUAUGACUCUCAGGUAUUCAGAUUGCCUGGCCCAUCCAGAGCUCAACGUACGACUACCUUCAGGCCAGUGAGAGAAGCCCAGACGAGAAAAAGUUCUUGUUCUUAUGAUACAUCUUGUAGCCCCUCCCAGCAGAGUCGCCCCUUCCCAGCUGAGGAGGGGCGAAGCCAAGCAUCAGAUGAGAGUUCCCUGGGCAAAAUCUCAAACAUCCUUCUCAUUCCACGGCAACACCUCCACCAGUAUGAAGCCAGCAGUUCUUUGGGAUACACCAGUAACAGAGAUUUUCUGGAGCGGAUGAUGGAAUCUCAACAGCGAGACUCUAGUGCCCCUGGCAGGUUUCACGUGGGUAGUGCAGAAUCAAUGCUGCACAUCCGACCUGGGGGAUAUCACCCCCAAAGGGCACUCAUCAACCCUUUUGCACCAUCACGAAUGCCAAUGAAGCUCACAUCAAAUCGUAGAAGAUGGAUGCACACAUUCCCUGUGGGUCCCUCUGGGGAAGCUAUACAAAUACAUCACCAAACGCGUCAGAACAUUGCAGAUCUACAGGGGAAUGGCCAGAGAGAAUUAGUGCAUUCCUCAGCAGAACUUCUUGAACUUGCUUACCAGGAAGCCACUGGCAGACAUGGAGGUCCUCGCACACCACUGGACAGCAGCUCAUGUGGAAGCAGUGAAGAGUUCUCUGGAAACCCCAGCAUGAAUGGACAGAAGGGCCACAGUGCAGUUAUUAACCACAAAGAGAAAGAAUCCCCUGAUGAGAGCUUACUCUACUGCCCUGAACCUAUGCCUGGCUUCUGCUGCACAGUUGGGGUGGAUUGGAAAUCUCUCACCACCCCUGCCUGCCUACCACUCACCACCGACUACUUCCCGGACAGGCAGAGCCUGCAAAACGAUUACACAGAGGGCUGCUAUGACCUACUGCCAGAGGCUGAUAUGGACAGACGGGAUGAGGAUGGUGCUCCAAUGACUGCUCAGCAAGUUUUCGAAGAAUUUAUAUGUCAGCGUCUGAUGCAGGGCUAUCAAAUUAUUGUUCAGCCCAAACAACCAAAACCCAGCUCCAAUGCACCACCUCCCCUCAGCAGUAGCCCUCUGUACAGACGAGGGUUGGUGUCCCGUUACCACACAGAUGAAGAAAACCAAUAUUGGCUUAGCAUGGGCCGAACAUUUCACAAAGUGACCUGCAAGGACAAAAUAAUCACUGUGACCAGAUAUUUGCCAAAGUAUCCAUAUGAAUCUGCCCAGAUAAGUUACACAUAUAACCUGUGUCCCUUCCACUCUGGCUGUGACUUUGUGCCUAGCUGGGUGGAAUUUUCCCAUGAGCGGUUGGAGGACUACAAGUGGAACUAUUUAGAUCAGUACAUCUGCUCUGCUGGUUCUGAAGAUUUCAGUCUGAUUGAGUCUUUGAAGUUCUGGCGCACUCGAUUCCUUCUGCUUCCCUCUUGUGUUGGACCUACAAAGCGCAUUACUGAGGGGGAGCAGCGCUGUGAUGUGUAUGGAGACCGUCCAAGAUCUGAGCAAGAGGAAGCACAGCUACUAGAUGGCUUCCUGCGAUUCGUGGAGUGUCUAAAUCGCAUCCGCAGGCGUCACAGAUCUGAUCGAAUGAUUCGAAAGGGAACAGGAAUGAAAGGACUGCAGCUUCCAGCUCACCCCCCAGAGCCCCCUGGACCUCCAGUAGGAAAGAAAGGAACCUCUGCACUGUCGGCUCUGUUAGAGUUGGAAUCAAAUCAGAAGGUUUUGGGGGAACAGCAAGCCUUAGCUCAUGCAGGAAAAGCCUCAUGUCAGUCCACAGACCCAGCUGUCACACCAACCUCUGUUGACAGCCCUCGUAAGGAUGGGACCUUCUUUAUGGAUUUUGUUCGCAGCCCACGUACAGCACCAUCAUUCAACCCACAGAUUUCUGUUGACCAAGGAGUCUCCCCUUACGCUGAUGGAAACAUCAGCCUGACAAACAACACCCCUACCUUGACUCAAGCAGGCAAUACAGGAGAGCAGCCAUUUCAAUCAGCUGAGACAAGUGUCCCACAGAUUUCUGGGGGACCAAGUACUCUACCUUCCAGUGCCAGCAUGAGUGAGAUUCUGGAGGCUAUGAAACACCCAAAUACAGGUAUUCCAUUGCUAUCUGAACAAAAGGGCCUUCCUCCAUGCUGCUUUAUCAGUGCUGAAGUUGUACAUUGGCUGGUGAAUAACAUUAGCUGGGUGCAGACUCAAACUGUUGCAAUGGACAUCAUGCAGAAAAUGUUGGAUGAUCAGUACAUUACACAUGCUUCGGGUGAAACACUUAGAACCUUCAUCUAUGGAUUUUACUUAUACAGGAUACCUCCUGAAAGAGAACCUGAAAGAGCCACAACAAACCUGACACAACCAAUCCCAUGGCAUUCAGCUGCAAUGGAGGACUUCACAGCUUUUCAGAGGAAAUGGUUUGAGGUGGCACUGGUGGAAGAGGAGCUGCUCCAUUCUGAAAUCCCACCAUUUCUCCUGCCUUGGUUACCCAGUCGGCCAGCCUCUUAUGCAAGUAGGCACAGUUCUUUCAGCCGCAGCUUCGGAGGAAGGAGCCAGGCCGCAGCGCUGCUAGCUGCCACUGUCCCAGAGCAGAGAACGGUAACCUUAGAUGUGGAUGUUAAUAACCGCACUGAUAGACUGGAAUGGUGCAGCUGCUAUUACCAUGGAAACUUCUCUCUAACAGCUGCAUUUGAGAUCAAGCUGCACUGGAUGGCUGUGACUGCUGCAGUGCUUUUUGAAAUGGUUCAGGGUUGGCACAGGAAGGCAAACUCCUGUGGUUUCCUACUCGUACCUGUUUUGGAGGGGCCAUUUGCAUUGCCAAGCUAUCUGUAUGGAGACCCACUACGUGCUCAGCUCUUCAUUCCCCUUAAUAUUAACUGUCUGGUAAAGGCUGAGAGUGACCAUCUAUUUGAAGGUUUUGAGCCAGAGACCUAUUGGGAGAGAAUGCACUUGUUGCAAGAAGUGAUUGCCUAUCGGUUUGGUUUCAUUCAAGAUAAGUAUUCCGCAUCUGCAUUCAACUUCCCAUCAGAAAAUAAACCUCAGUACAUACAUGUGACAGGUACUGUAUUUUUACAGCUCCCAUAUUCAAAGCGAAAAUAUACCUCAGGUCAGCAGAGACGAAGAAGAAAUUCCACCAGCUCAUCAACUCAAAGUCUGUUUGGUGAAGAAAAGAUAGGUUACAAUUGGGCCUAUAAUACUAUGCUGACCAAAACCUGGCGCUCCAGUGGCACAGGAGAUGAGCGAUUUGCUGAUCGUCUGCUUAAGGACUUUACAGAGUUUUGUGCUAAUCGUGAUAACAGACUUGCUAACUUUUGGGCCAGCUGUCUGGAGAAGAUGAACACAAGUGGACCUUAAAUUUAUCUGCUGUAGAGAUCGCUGAUGACUGGCUUGAGGUGACGUGCAAGUCUGUUUAGGGUUCUGUCUCCUCUUUAAACCUCUAUGAGGACCAAAUGCCUGCAUCAGCUGCUUCCCCUUGCUCCCGGACUUCGUCUGAAAUUAUCUUAGCAGGGUGACUCUGGUGGUUCCCCUAUGGGGAAUGAAGACUUUCAAAAGCAAUAAGGCUCAUUUAUGUUGGCUUAUUUAAUAAGGUGGUGCAAAGUGCAGUGAGUCAAAGCAACCAAUCUAAAUUCAUUCAAGUCAGAUCACUUAAUGGGCCACUAUC